AUGUUGAAGUCCUUGCGCGAGAAGGUUGUGUCCAAGUCUUCCUUGGUGCCUUCUGUCGACGACGCCUACAUGAAGAAUAUUGAGGUCUAUGUGUCCAAGACCUUGCAGAACUUUGAGACCAACAGCGAUGCUUCUACCAAGCACGGUGAGUUCAAGAACUUGCUUGCAUCCGUUGAGACUUCCGCCCUGACUGAGAUGCUCAUCAAGAUUGGUGCCAACAACAACAAGGACGCCAAGGUUUCAGGUGUGUCUCAACUGCCUUUUGGUGAGAAGACCGCCUCGUUGCGUGCUGUGGUUUCCAACUACCAGAAGGCGCUUGCCAGCGUGGAGAGUGCCGGUGUCUUCGUCCUGUGCAACACCUUCCUGAGCGAGAGUGGUAAAUUUGAAUUUUCCAAGUUGAAGGAUGACAUCAACAAUGAGUUGGGCAAACGCCAAAUUCGCAAUGAAGUCCGUGCCGAGAUGGGCAGAAUGAUUGACUGA